GACAUCUGGAUCAUAUACUGCAAGCACCUCAGUCAAGUUGUCGGUAGAUUCAGUCUACUACUGAACUUCAAAGUCAUGGGAAUCUUUCAGCUAUUAAGACUCGUUUUUGUGGUAUUUAUUACCUGCCAAUUCGGCGCCCACGGCAAGGCAAAGGUUCGAUACGAUGGUUAUCAGGUCAUUAGGAUGAUACCAAACAGUCUAGAUGAGCUUGAAUGGCUGAUCAAUUACAUAGAGAGCAGGAAUGAGAUCGAUGUCUGGAAAGAACCAAGCAAGGUUGGUCAUCCUGUGGACAUCAUGAUACCUCCUAGAACUACGGACUCGGAGGAUCUUGUAUCCCUGGCAACAGAUACAGGAAUUUCUACAACUGUCAUGAUCCAGGAUGUUCAAAAGUUGAUUGAUAACGAAAUAUCCUCUCGGAGUCUACCUCAACGGUCGAUGAGUACUGGAUUCGACUACACUACCUACCACACAUAUGAUGAGAUCGAGAAAUGGAUUGAUGAUAUUGCCAACCAAUACAGUGAUUUAGUUAGUGUUGAUGAGGUCAGCUCAACAUAUGAAGGCAAGAUUAUCAGGGGCAUCAAGAUCGGAUCACCGUCGGGCAAUCUUAAACCUAUGGCUUAUAUACAGGGAGGAAUACACGCUCGCGAGUGGAUCAGCCCAGCAACUGUUAUGUUCAUGACUUACAAGCUUCUGGAUGCAUAUCAGAAGAUGGAUCCGUUGGUUACCGAGAUGUUCAACAAAAUAGACUGGUACAUUGUUCCCGUACUCAACGCAGAUGGAUACAUCUAUACAUGGAUAAAUGACCGUAACUGGCGUAAGAACAGACGAAGGGCACCUGGCGAUGCUUGUGUUGGAAUCGAUCUCAAUAGAAACUACGCUUACGAAUGGGGAGGCAAAGGAGCUAGUCGCUCCUCGUGUGCCCUCACGUAUCGUGGCCCUGGACCAGCCUCGGAGAUCGAAGUAAUCGGAAUUACAGAUUUCCUGAAGAAGAGGAACGAGAUGACUGAUAUCAAUCUAUAUAUCGAUGUCCACAGCUAUGGUAUGUUUUGGCUCUAUCCUUGGGGUUAUACCGAUGAUACAACCGUUUCACAACCCGAUAGAGAACGACAGUAUAGCCUAGGGAUGAGAGCCAAUGAAGCUAUCAAUGCUACUCAUGGGAAAAGCUACCUUGUUGGAGAAGCGGGAGCAUCUUUAUACCCGGCAUCAGGGGGCAGCGACGACUGGGCCUACGGUGAAUUGAAGAUCAAAUACACCUAUACAAUCGAACUAAGGGAUGAAGGCCAAUAUGGGUUUAUGUUGCCCGAGACUGAGAUAGAACCGACUACCGAGGAAAUUUAUGCCGCCAUGUUGGUCGUUGGAGAGCAACUACUCAGCGAAUUAUAGGCCUACAAUCUGAAUUCGACAGAAAGUGUGGGCGUCUCGGAGGGAGAUCAUUGACCCAAUGAUAAUAGAAAUAAACACGCUAAUGAUUAUAUUAAUUAUCGAAAUAAAUCAAAGUCAUUGACUUUAAGUCAGACAGAUUAUUUAUUUAAGUUUGCUCCGUGAGAAAAUUGAUUAUUUUAAAACGUUUGCAAUCGUAUACAUACACUUACAUGCAU